GUGUUGUGGCUGUCACCGCCAUGGCGGGGCCGGAGGUGCUGCGGCAGCUGAGCCGCCGAGCCUGGGAGCCCGCGCUGGCCCGGGCUCGCCGUGCCGCCGUGCUCAUGGACGCGCCCUCCGCCGAGGCUCUGCACUGGGUCGGCGGGGCGGGCGAACUGCUGGCGGCCGGGGCGCUGGCUGUCAGCGCGCUGUCCGCCGAGGCGGCGGUGCCGGCGGGGGCGGCCUGCGUCGUGUUCGUUCUGAGCAGGACGCUGCGGGGCGGCGCGGCGGCCGCGGUGCGCGGCGUGCUGGAGCAGGGCACCGUGCGGCACUACGUGCUGGUGUGCGGCGGCGAGGCGGAGGGCGGCGGGGCGGCCGAACUGGAGGAGACCUUGCGGCGGUGGACGGGCGAGGGCGGCCGCGUCGAGGUGGUGCUGCGGGACCCGCCGCUCCUGGCACCCGUCUCGGCGGAGCUCUGCCUGCUGCCCGCCCUGGCAGCGCUCCUCCCGCCGCUGCCCGGCCCCGGCGGCCCCGGCCCCGCAGAGGUCGGGCUGGGUGCGCUGCCCGCCGAGCUGCGGGCGGCGGUGCGGGCCCUGGUAGGUGACCUCGACUCUCUCUUCACCGGCCUGGGCCUGCGGGAGGAGAGCUUUGCUGUGGGAGCCCUUAGCAGAGUCAUCGCCGCUGAGCUGGCAAGCUACACUCCAGCCAGAAACAGGAGAAGGACAGCCACCAACAAGGCCUCUGUCAUCUUCGUGGACAGGACGUUGGACCUCGCUGGAGCAGUUGGCCAUCAUGGUGACAAUCUUGCAGAGAAGAUUCUUUCUGUGCUUCCUAAACUUCCUGGCCACAAGACCGAUGUGAUGGUUAACAUGGUGGAACUAACAGCACUGCAGACUACAGAUGAAACUUGCAGUAUUAUAGCACCUGGCUGCUUAGCACAACCAAAUGAUCCAGCUGCUAAAGCUCUCUGGGAGUCCUUCAUGAACCUCAAACAAAAGGAAGCUGUGAUGGAGGCCAGGAGACACCUUGUGGAGGCUGCAAGCAGAGAAAAUUUACCUAUUAAGAUGAGCAUGGGCAGAGUCACCCCAGAACAGCUCAGCUCAUACAUUCAGCUUUUCAGAAACAAUCUCAAAGCUUUGGAGAACCACUGUGGUCUUCUGCAGCUUGUGCUGGCCACAGUCCAGACUUUGAAACACCCCCAGACUUCCAAAUGGGACAAUUUCCUUGCCUUUGAGAGAUUACUUCUGCAGACUAUUGGUGAGUCAGAAAUGCCCAGUGUUCUGAACCAGUUAUUGCCAAUGAUCAAGUCUUACAAUGAAAGGACAAAAGAUGAUUAUGCCUGUGAGGACUUUCUUGUUUUGCUGAUAUACAUAUAUUCAGUGGUUGGGGAAAUCAAAUGUGGAAAAGAGCUGGACACAGCUGAAGAAGAGGUGAAAAAAGCCCUCGUCAAGGCAAUUUGUGAUGAGCCAGAGCCAUCUGCUUUGUUGCAGAAAAUUACAGGCUGUGACUCAUCACUGAACCUGACAUCUCAGAAAGCCACAGAUGCAAUGGACGGAAUCUUUCGGUCCCUCAGGGAUAUUGCCAGAGUCCGAAUGCACAUGAAACAGUUUAAUUCCAUACAUAAUCCAGGCAGCAACACCCACCAGGCUUCUUACAAACCUCUGCUGAAACAGGUAGUGGAAGAGAUCUGUAAUCCUGAUCGGUCCGAUCCUGUUGAUAUAGAACAUAUUUCAUCAGGCCUCACUGAUCUCCUUAAAACUGGCUUCAGCAUGUUUAUGAAGGUGAAUCGCCCUCACCCUGGUGAUCAUCCUCUUCUGAUCAUCUUUAUGGUUGGAGGAGUGUCAGUCUCUGAGGUCAAAAUGGUGAAGGAUUUGGUAACAACACGCAAACCUGGUACCCAGGUGAUUGUGCUCUCAUCUGUACUCCUGACACCACACAGUGCUGUUGAUUUGUUGUUUGCCCCAGACCGUCUCUAGCCUGAUGCUCAUAUCUAAAGGGGGAGGCUGUGGAGAAGAUUGUGUGCCUGGCCUGGAAACAUCAACUCCCUGCUCUGUCACUCUUCUCAGCAGCCCUCCAAAAACUGAUGUGUCAACUGCUGCAAUUACAGCUCCAGGUGAAACAGCUGGGUAUCUACCUGCAAGGGAACAUCUGUAGUUCAUGGGCAGCUCUUCAAAAUGGUCCAGUUGCCCCCCUCCUUGAUGAUAGCACUGUGCAGUGCUGAAUCACUCCCAGCCUCACUCAGCAUGCUGAGGGCAAUUGUUUGAAAAAAUUCCCUAGAAAAGGAGCAGCUAAGAACCAGGUGAUGCAAAAUUUGCACUCCCAAGUGUUUUUCCUGAUGGUUCUGCUGGGCUUGCAGCUGGUGGGAAAUGCUGCUGAGAGAGUGAGAGGCUAGCAAAAUCCACUGUCUGUCAUGCUACCUUGCAAAACGUGUGCCUUAUACAAUGUUAACAGCCUCUGCUCUUACUUUGUUCCUCACUCCAGAGAGAUCAUGGAACACAGCUCUGAUUUAGCUGGCACAGCAGCUCCCAGCUCGUUGAUGCUCUUUUCAGGAGGACUAUUAGAGGCAGGGAAGCAGAGAGAGCUACUCAAGGGCUGGGUUACAUUGCUGCUUCUCUCUCAGCUUUCCAUUUCCUGCUCUACUUUUUCCACCCACAGUCCCAGAAGAAAAGACAGUUUCUGAUGGCACACACUCUGUAGAUUUACACAGGAGGCCAUAUGGCCUGUGAUGGUUUGAUGAUAACCCCAAAAGAAUCCUCCCCUCACAUGCAUAUUAAAAAAAAAUAACAAAAUAAGGGCAUGAUCCCAUUUUCAAGAGGCCACAGUAGAUUCUUUCUCGAGCUAGAUUUCUCAGCAGCAUGAUUGGAAAACAGCUUUUAUUUUUAAUUUAUAAUCAUGAAAGAGCUUCAAUCAAAUUCAGUUACACAAAUUUCUUUAUAAAACUUUGCUACAAUCUGUGAUGAAAGAGCAGCAGCUAAUAGAGAUUUUAAUUGCAUAUAUCACCCAGAUUUUUGAAUUGCAACAUAAAAUGGUGGAGCUCUAAAGCUGCAUCCUCUUGCUUCAUCCUAGUAAUGCUACAACUCCAGCUUACACUGAGAUGAGAAUGUCAAAUCAAGUGACAUCCACUCUAUCAUAGCAUUCUUUAUUAUGCCAAAGGAGUAGAUUAAAUGGGAAGCAGUUUUUUAAAUUUUGUUCACUAGCUAGCAUUAGCUCUCCUAAAUGUUUAUAAUGGUCUUCAGAAAAGGGUGCAUUUUGGUUUAAAUUCAGUUUUGAGUUGCUGGAAGGAAACAAUGGACUGAUUAUAAAGCAUGGACAAUGUCGCCUCUAUGGAAGAGAAAUUUAUAAGAAUGACUAUAGAAUGGAACUUUGUGCUAUAAAAAAUGAGAAAUGCUAUGAGAUUGCAAUAUUAAAAGCUCAAGGAGUAGUUUGAAUAGAGCAACUGGAAAGCAAGUAGCUGAUCUCUUGGUUUUUCUGUCAUUCCGUACAGUUCAAUCUUUCUUAGAAUAUGGUUGUUUCAUAAAUUCUGUAAUCAAUAAAGCAAUGCUCUCCCAAUGCCAAA